AUGGAAUCUCACGGCCAAGCACUGCACCAUGAGCUUGUUGUUCAAAAGGCUGUCAAGGAGAAUUCUCUGAGCGAGGACGAUCCUCUGGCGCUCUUCUUCGACGUCAACGCCUUUAAAAGUGCAAUCGUAAGGUUGCAGACAGCGUUUGGACAUGAACCCACUGAAGGUACGCGGCUUGCUAGUGAUCCGAGCUUCUGCUUUAUGUUUGAUAUAGAAGGGCCUUGUAGUAGUACAGUGCCAGAUCUGUUUGUAAUGAAACGUAUCAGAAUUACUAAAGAUCUAGGACCCCACCAAGUUCAUGAGUAG